AUGGCGAUUACGUCGGACGAGGUGAAUUUCCUCGUGUAUCGAUACCUGCAGGAGUCGGGCUUCCUGCACUCGGCCUUCACCUUUGCGUACGAGAGUCAGCUGGCCAAGUCCAGCGUCAUUAACACGGAGCUGCCGCCCGGUGCGCUCGUGUCCUUUAUGCAGAAAGGCCUGCAGUAUGUCGGUAUCGAGGCGCACAUCAACGAGGACGGAACGGAGCGAGAAUGUGACGGCGACUUCUCUCUACUGAGUCCACACAUCUGCCGCGUAGCACAAUCCGCUUCGAGUAGUGCGAGGUCAUUUAAGGCAUCUAAUAAGCGGAAACGGAAGGGAGACGGCUCGCCUGAUGCUGUGGACGGUACGAAAGAAAUGAACGGCUUGGAUAAACUAGACAAAGAGGCGUUGGUGCUGCUAAGUGGACACGAGAAGGAAGUAUACGCGUGCUCGUGGAGUCCCGUAAAGAACGUCUUGGUCUCUGGAUCGAGUGACUCUACGGCGCGAGUCUGGUCGCUACCCAACAAAGUGGAGGACAGCAAAGCGGUGAAGCCUAAGGUGUUGAGCCACGGCACAGGACCACACAAGGAUGUCACGACUCUCGAGUGGAAUCAUAAUGGAUCUUUACUGGCGUCAGGAACUUAUAAUGGCAAGACACGGAUCUGGGACGCAGAAGGCGAGAUGAAGCACAUUUUCCAGUACCACAACGGCCCGGUGUUUGCCACGCGAUGGAGCAAGACGAGCUUGUUCCUGCUUAGUGCUAGUUUCGAUAAGACGGUGGUGGUAUGGGAUGCAACGACUGAAACGAAGAAGCAGCAGCUGAAAUUACACGACGACCCCAUUUUGGAUGCGUCGUGGAAAGAUGACUCGACGUUUGCGACGUGCUCGUCAGAUAUGAGCAUUUGUGUCGCUCGGGUGGGAGAAACUAAGGCUGACGUUGUGCUACGAGGACACAAAGACGCGAUUAAUUCGGUCAAGUGGGAUCCUGCGGGUCGGUUUUUGGCGUCGUGUUCAGACGACUACACGGUGAAAAUUUGGGAUCCGUCUAAGGCUAUUGAGAAGAAGAAUCCAGCAGAUGGAGAGGCCAUGGAGGUGGAUAGCAACGAGAACAGCAAGAAGGACACUGAUUUGGAUGCUGUUACCUCAGCUGCAUUGGUAUACACACUUCAAGAACACAAGAAGGAAGUGUAUACGUUCCGUUGGAGCUGUACUGGCCCAGGCACCUCGCUGCCGGACCAGCCAUUGACAUUAGCCAGCGCGUCCUUCGAUGGCACCGUGAAGCUCUGGGACGCCGAAUCAGGUUCCUGUAGGAGAACAUUUGAUCACCAGUACGUGGCGUAUCCUGUGUAUGGUGUUGCGUUUAGCCCGGAUGGGGAGUACUUGGCUAGUGGAACAGUAGGGGGGAUGGUCAACGUUUGGUCAUUAAAGGAUGGGUCCUUGGUGAAGACGUAUCAAGCAAAUGGCGAUAUCUACGAAGUCAACUGGAACAGGGAGGGCGACCAGAUUGCCGCCUGCGUGUCCAGUGGUGACGUCGCAAUUAUCAAUUUUCGAUUGAAACAGUCGCCACUUUGCUACGCCCGACGUCCGACUCAUAAGGACUAG